GCUUCAGUAUUCAACAAUCAAUCAAGUCUUCAUCUUUCUCCCAACCCCACUACUUUAUAAUUUCCGUUGACGGAACACAAAGCAACUCCAUUCAAAUUCCCCUCGCCCCGCUUUGCUCUCGGCCGCCACCCCCCCACGCCAUCUACGCCCUUCAAUCCGCCUUUGCUUCUACCUAAAGCUUCCACUUUUCUUCCCAACUUCGCUUUUUUGGUGAAACUAGGGUUAGGCUGGUGAAGUAGCGCUGACAAUUUUUAUAUUGUUGAUGAUUUUCUGCAGUCGAAGAUGUAUAUGUUCAAUCUGCUCAAUUAAUCGCUCGUUUAGUGUUUGAUUUGGAAAUCUGAGUCGAUCUGUUGAUUAAUUCUAUCGGUGUGGCUGUAAUUUAGUAUGGUGAUGUUAUUUAUUUGUGAUAAUUGAUUUUGAGACUGGAAAUUAUGAAGAGGUUGAGGUCCAGUGAUGAUCUGAAGGAUUGGGGAAGAAGAGAAGAUGAGGCUGCUCCACAGCGUUCAUCUUCUUCUUUGCAUAGGAGCUCUUACUACAGGUCAUCUGAUAGUGGAAGGAAGGUGUUGUCCUCGUCAGCAUCCAGGUAUGAUCGGUUAGAAGAUGAGAGGGAGAGUUCAAAAUCGAUUAGGAAACGGCCGGAUUAUGAUUUGGAGAGCUAUGAUAGGAGGAAAAGCUAUGAUAGCCAUAAAGACGGGAAUGGGAAUGGGAAUGAUAGAGGGAUAUUGAGCUCUUCGCCGAGGGCUGGUUAUGGGAUGGAUCACAUGUAUCGUUCUCAGAGCCUUUCUGCACCUAGGAGAGACUUUCCCAAGGGGUUUAGGUCUGAGAGGGACAGGCCUAAAAGGGAAGGCAUUGGUGCAUCGUGGAGAAGAUUUAGUAGUGGGAAAGAUGCUGAUGAUGGGGCCAGGAGUGGCAGUGAGGCGAGUAGAGGAACACGAGUGGAACCAAAGGAAGUUAGGAAGGCAAAGUCUCCUCAGGGUUUCAGAGAUGCAAGAUCACCAGCCUGGUCUAAGGAUUCCGGGAGUGAUCGAUCAAAGAGUGUUGAGUGCAAGAAAUCUGUAGAAAUGCAAGUGCAGAGUGAAGGACCCAGCAGUGAACGAGAAGAAGGAGAGUUGGAACCUGAUCCUCAACCCGAUGUGCUUCCCGCGAAGCCAAUUAUUGAAGAUGAAGCUGCUGAUAAGAAGGCCUCGCCUGAGAAGCAGCUCCAUAAUGAACCCCAGGCUGAAAAUAAAAUAUCGCAGGACAGGGUGAGUUUCUCAUCAGUAGAAAAGGGCAACAUGAGUAAAGUGGACAGCUGUGAUGAGCAAGCUGAUGGACAAUCUAGGGAGGCUGAAGAAGAUGUUGUUAGCCAAAAUGGCGAUUUGCCUGAUUGUCGGGAUACAUCAUUCCAAGCGGCGGAGGUAAAUAGAGAUGAUAGUGAUGCAAAAGGAGAACAUGGAGGUGGUGACCAUGUAAGGGAUGAUGGAACAGAAGGCUGCUUGGAGGAGGUUGCGGACAGCACAUGUGAUGCGAAGCUGUCAACUUUACAGGAGCAACAGGAAGACCUGAUUGCUAACAAUCAAGUCAAGACAGAUGGUGUUGAAGUGGCAGGAAGUGUACAAGCAACAUCCAAAAGUGAGCUGCCUACUACAGAGAAAACAGCCCUAAGUAUGAAGGACAAGGGUAAAAGUGUUGCUUUAUUGCCUUCUGAUGGUGUUCUCUUAAAAGAGAAUUUGGAGGUUGAUACUAAACCAAGGGACUUCACAGAAAGUAGAGACAUUGAAUUGGAAGGCCUAAGUACCAGGGGCUUCCAGUUUUUCUCAAAUGAUCCAAUUAAAAAGUCAGAGAAAGUGGAGCAAUCAUCACAUAGCAAGCCUAAUGAUGAUAAAUUGGCUCUUGACCUUUCUCUUAGCUUGCCGAAUGUACUAUUGCCAAUUGGUUCUCAGAGACAAGCUCCGGGUUCUCCUAGCCGCACAAAAAGUGUUCAAUCAUUUGCUAGCUCGUUCCGGACAAAUUCUGAUGGAUUUACAGCAUCAAUGUCGUUUUCUGGGUCUCAGCAGUUUACUCACAAUCCUAGCUGUUCUCUGACUCAUAAUGCACUUGAUUAUGAGAAAUCUGUUGGUAGCAAGCCACUUUUUCAGGGGGUGGAUUGGAAAGCCUUGUCUUUAGAGGACGCUGCGAAUAAGGAGAGCUCUGCUUAUCAAGGAAUGUCAUCAAGAGAAAAUGUCUUGCAUCAGCAGUCUCAAGUAUCCCAAGGCAACUCCAGUGGACAAGCUGCCCUGCAGAAGAUGAGAGUUACUGGAGGAAGCUCCAAGAUGCUGAUUGGUCUUGAAAGGCAAUUAAGUAGUAAACAGUUGUCUGGAGUUCAAGGUUUUGGCACUUAUGAUCAUGGAGCAGAGUAUUUGAAGGACAAUAGGCAAUCUCUGUCACAGAAAGACUCUGGUAGUUUACAUAGGAACAAUGGCAGGGAUGGUAAAGAUCAAGAACUGGGGAUUGGCACUGACCUUGCUGAGUCUAUAGUUACCAUGAUAGUAUCUGAACCAAUACCUACAAUGGCUCGGAGGUUUAAUGACAUGAAUGCAAAGCAUGUGCCAUCUAUUAAAGAGUUUGCCCGUGAUAUAAUCUCAAACCCAAGUAAGCAGUGGCAGCUGAGUGCUUUGCAGAAGGCACUACAGAAGAGGUCAGACAUUACUUUGGACAUGCUACUAAAUGCAAAUCGUACACAAUUGGAGAUCUUGUUGGCUUUGAAAACAGGGCUUCGUGAAUUUGUUCUGCCGAAAUAUGAUAUUACAUCGUCAGAUUUGGCAGAAAUAUAUCUCAAUAUGCGAUGUAGAAAUCUCGAUUGUCGGAGUCUUCUUCCAGUGGAUGAAUGUGACUGCAAAAUAUGUUCGCAGCGGAGUGACUUUUGCAGGGAUUGCAUGUGUCUUGUGUGUUCAAAGUUUGACAUGGCAUCUAACACAUGUAGUUGGGUCGGUUGUGAUGUAUGCUUACAUUGGUGCCAUGCAGAUUGUGGGUUACGCAAAUCUCAUAUCAGAAAUGGGCGUAGUGCAUCCGGUGCUCAAGGCACCACAGAAAUGCAGUUCUACUGUGUUGCCUGUGAUCAUCCUUCAGAGAUGUUUGGUUUUGUUAAGGAAGUUUUCCAGAACUUCAUCAAAGAAUGGACUGCAGAAAAUCUUUCUAGAGAACUUGAAUAUGUGAGAAGAAUAUUUUAUGCCAGUGAGGAUGUUAGAGGGAAACAGCUCCAUGAAAUUGCUGUGCAGAUGCUGUCUAAAUUGGCUAACAGAUCAGAUUUUCAGGAGGUUCAGAAUCAUAUAAUAAACUUUUUCACUGAAUCCAAUUUGGAAAGGAGUGGCAACAUUGUUGAAAACAGAAAAGAGCCGGAAACAAGAAAACAAGAAGGCAGUAAUGGCAUUGCUGGGUCCAGCCAAGGAGCUGGGUGGAUGAAGCCUGUUUAUCCAGAAAAGGCUCCUCUCUUGGGAGAUCCGGUCAGUUUACUCCAUGACUACGACACCAAUAGGAAGGAUAAAUACACAUCGAACAUGGAUAUCCAAAAAUUUGCCCAGAAGGAGCAUAUGUUUGAUGAACUGGAGAGCAUUGUGAGAAUCAAACAUGCUGAGGCUAAGAUGUUUCAAGCACGCGCAGAAGAUGCAAGAAAGGAAUCUGAAGCUCUGAAACGUAUUUCAGUGAGCAAGAGCGAAAGAAUUGAAGAAGAAUACACAAGCCGGAUCAGCAAACUUCGUUUGGCUGAAGCUGAGGAGAUGCGAAAACAGAAGGUGGAAGAGCUCCAGGCUCUUGAAAGAGCAUAUCAUGAAUACUUCAGUAUGAAAAUGAGGAUGGAAACGGAUAUCAAGGAUCUCCUGCUGAAGAUGGAAGCUACGAGAAGGAAUCUCACAACAUGAUUGACAAGGUUAGUGUUGGAUGAUGAACUCUCAAUGUAGCAGAGGGGGCUUCGUCCGGUGGCGAUUGACUAAUGCGUUAGUCGAUUUGUAGAUGUUUAUCAGUCUUGUCUAAUGCAGUGUAGUGCUAACUAGAAUCUGUACAAAGGGUAGCUAAUCUCCCAACAUUCUUUGUUAUGGAACAGAAUGCAGAUGGAGUAAUCCGCUAUCAGUUAAACUUGGUUUCGUAAUCCACAAUGGUUCCUAAA